AUGGGCGGCGCGGCGGCAGCGGGACGCGCAGGGGCGCUGGUGCUGGUGCUCCUCUGCCUGGGCGCGGAGCUGGCGAGCGCGGGUGGAAAGAAGUCCUACAGUGGGCCUUGUGGAGGCCGGGAUUGCAGUGCUGGAUGCAAAUGUCUUCCAGAGAAGGGGGCACGGGGUAGACCAGGACCAAUUGGAACUCAAGGACCAAUUGGUGCCCCUGGACUUACUGGACCAGAAGGUUUACCAGGAGCGAAGGGUGAAAGAGGAGCAGUGGGCUCCCCUGGACCAGCUGGUCAGAAAGGCGAAAAGGGCCCAAUGGGAGUUCCUGGGUUUCAAGGCAUCAACGGAAUUCCGGGUCACCCUGGCCAGCCUGGCCACAGAGGUCUGCCUGGCGUCGACGGCUGCAAUGGCACCAUCGGGAGUCCUGGCCUUUCUGGAUCAGAUGGUUUUCCUGGUGUACCUGGGCCACUUGGUCGUCCAGGUCCUAAAGGUCUUAAAGGAGAACCAAUUUUUGCCCAAAGCAGCCUUAAAGGAAUGAAGGGAGAAAAUGGUCUUCCUGGGUUGGAUGGAAUUUCUGGACCGAAAGGUCUUCCCGGUCCUGUCGGUUCUAUAGGCCCUAUAGGUUUGCCAGGUUUGCAGGGUCCUAUGGGUCCCCCUGGGCCACCAGGUCCAAAAGGUAACAUGGGAUUAGGCUUUCAAGGAGAGAAAGGAGAAAAGGGUGAUGUAGGACUACCUGGCCCUCCAGGUCCUCCACCAUCCACUGGAAUACUGGAAUUCAUGGGUUUCCCAAAAGGGAAGCAAGGGGAAAAGGGUGAGCCAGGCCCUCAAGGCUUCCCUGGAGAAGAAGGAUUGCCUGGCCUGCCGGGCUUUGGAGGUGUUGGAGAAAAAGGAGAAAAGGGUGUUCCUGGCUUGCCAGGUGGCAGGGGUUUGCUGGGACUGGAUGGAUCUGGUGGGAUUCCAGGGAGAAAGGGGCAUCCAGGUGUUCCAGGCUACCCUGGACAUGAUGGAGUAGAAGGCAUGAAGGGUGAAUUAGGUGACAUUGGUCCUCCAGGUCCUCCUAUUGUUAUUGACAGGGAAGGUGUAGUCAUUUCAGGUGCUCCAGGUGACCCUGGCGCUCCAGGAAUUCCUGGCCCUCCAGGAGAUGAAGGAAUCAGUGGUUUACCAGGCCUUCCAGGAGCUCCAGGUUUUCCAGGCCUGGAACAAGAUGCAGUGGGCCCUGGAGGAUCUCCAGGUAUUCCAGGCGUUAAGGGUGAAAUAGGAGAUCCUGGAAGAGCAACGAUUGGUUUACCAGGCAGUCCUGGCAGAGCUGGCUUACCAGGCCUGCCAGGAGCACCAGGAUUGCCUGGUCCAUCAC